AUGUUGGUGCAAGCGAAAAACGCCGUGAGCAAAUUUUUUCAGCCAGACCAGUCUGACGAAGAGUUGGCCAGAGCUGAAAGACUAUUGGACAACGACCAGAGCCCCUACGGAUCGACCGAAGGAGUCGACAGAGCUCAGCAGGUGGCCAACGAAGAAGCAAUUGGCAACGCCAUCAAGUCACACAACAACAGCAGCGACGAGGAAAGUGAAGGAAAUGGCUUUUUUUCCAGUUUUGACCCAAGAGUGAUGAGUGACAUUAUCAUUGGUCUUUCCGAUGGGUUGACGGUUCCGUUUGCGUUGACCGCGGGUCUUUCUUCUCUUGGUUCUUCCAAAAUCGUUAUUACCGGUGGUAUGGCCGAAUUGGUUUCUGGUGCCAUCUCUAUGGGUCUUGGUGGGUACUUGGCGGCCAAGUCUGAGGGCGACUACUAUAAGAGUGAAGUCAAGAAAGAAAAGCUUGAGUUUUUCAGAAAGCCCGAGCUCAUCAACCAGGACGCCGCCGAGAUCAUGUUGGACUUGGGUGCGUCUGAAUCUACCAUUGCUUCGUUUCUCAAAGACUUGGACCUGAAACCUAAGAACCUUAUUGACUUUGUCAUUCGUUUUGGCAAAGGCUUGGAAGCCCCAGCAGAGGGCCGUGAGUUUACGUCGGCAUUGACCAUCGGCCUGGGCUACUUUUUCGGUGGAUUUGUGCCCUUGAUUCCCUACUUCUUUACCAACACCGUGAAAACGGGUCUCAUCAUCUCCGUGGUGGUUAUGCUUGUCACGUUAUUCAUUUUCGGCUACGUCAAGACCAUUGUUUCCUUGGGUGAAGAUUGCGGUCUUCGCAGAAAAGUGUCUGAAGGUUUACAGAUGGUUGCUAUUGGCUCGUGUGCCGCCGGCGCCGCGUGGACGUUGGUGUACUUCAUUGAUAACUAA